AUGCCCCCACAAGUCCUCGUCUCUGGGCCAGAAUUGCGAAUCCGCCUCGAAGGCGGCAAGGAGUCGUACAGCCCCGGCGAUACUGUCAGUGGUUGCAUCUACCGGUCGAGACCGACCCCAAGCACUGGCACUGAACCCACAAUAUCUCUGCAUGGUCAAUCCAAGUCGGAGGUGACCCAAAGUGCAGGUUAUACAAGAAAACACUUCGUCAGCUGUUGCAGAUUCUUUGAUACACGCCGGACCACCCAAAGUCUGUACCCUGGCCAGCCUUUGGAUAUUCAGUCUGACAGCAGCGGAGCCUCAUGGCCUUUUGCUAUCACCAUACCCGAAUACAUGGAUCCGAAAGCUAUUGCUGCUUCAGAUAUUAAGCAAAAACAGAGUUUUCUGCCACUGAGCCCUGAUACGGUUGCUGCACAGGCAACCCCGUCGAGUUUCCAUGAGCCGUCGAAAGGCAACAAAGCGAUAGAAGGCUUUGUCGAGUACUAUCUUCAAGCAAAGUUUCAAUUCGUUACCCAACGUAAAACUUUCUUCUCAAGGCAGUACAAAACCGAAUCCCACGAGGCCAUCAUGCCGCUGCGCGUCGAACAUUUCUCUACAGGACCUCCGAUGACGGACUUUCCGCUGAAGAGAUACACGACCUCCAAGCGGAUUUCCUCCCAGCGGCUCAUUCCCGGCAUGGAAGACAAUAGGCUUUCUUUGUCUCAAAAAGCCCAACGGUUUCUUGGAUCGUCUAAAAUACCCCGGCUCAUGUUCGAAAUCCAUUUCGAUGUCCCGACUGUUUUGCAGCUAGACAACGACAACCCCGUCCCUUUGAACAUUUGUCUUGAGCCUAUCUGGAAGAGUACAAGCGAUAUCGUCCGCGAAGCACCUCCGAACUUCACAGUCGAGUACCUAGUCGUACGCAUUAAACCUACCACAGAACUUCCGAUGAGGACACAGACAUUCACAGUCGUCCGGAAACCCAUGGACGUCAUCACCGAGGAUAGGGUGGCUUCACUUGAUACAAAAAUCCAAUUAUCCCUUGUGGCAGAAGAUACGGGCAAGAACCCCGAAACUGUGGACAUCGGGAAGCUUGUGAACUUCAAUUGGAGCCGUGCAGCAAUCAGAAAAAUAUCUACAGGGCCUAAUGGGAGAAAAUUAUAUCCUAGCUUCAUCACGUACAAUAUAGCGCAUCGGCAUUGGUUGUCAUGGGAGUUACACGGAGUGGUGGCAGGAGAGAAGGUCAAACUUGACGGCACGCACACAGUCAAAUUGCUUCCACCCUCGUCUUCGAAACAAAGUACGUCUACGCAACUCGAUGAGGCGCCUCCGCCUUACGAGAAAGGGGAUAAUUGA